UGGAACUUACUGUGGAAACCUAAUUGCUUUCCUCACUGUUACAAAGGAUAAACCACCAUUUGAAACUUUAGAUGAAAUGGCUGAUCUAAAAGGAGAUUAUAAAUGGGGUUUACAAGAAGGAACAAACUGGGAACAUAUUUUCAAAACAUCAAAAAAUAAAGAGUUUAGACGUAUUGGUGAUGCUCUAAUGGAUUUCAAUGAGACUGACCCUUCUGUCUUCGCAAAAGAUUUUAAAACUCAACUGGCUAAAGUAAAAAAGGGGAACUAUGGCUGGAUAGGGGACACUGUUGUCAUGGAAGUUGAGAUGGCGAAAGACUGUGAGCUGAUGAUGAUCAAAGAAAAGUUUUUACCCCUGAAAUAUGCGUUUGGGUUCACGAACAAUUCACCACAUGUUCAAAUAUUUACAAAACAAAUUCUUUCGAUUCACGAAUCUGGGCUUUUACAAGUUUGGAAAAGAAGGUGGUGGCCAAAGUCUAUGGAAAUUUGUGCAGGAACAAUAAUUGCAGAAGCAAAACCUAUUUCUAUAAUUGACGUUCAAAGUGCAUUCUAUGUGGCUGCAGGCGGAGGUUUUAUAGGAUUCUGUGCUUUCCUUAUUGAAGUAUGCGUCGGCUGGUUGAAACAAAAACGAAAGGGAAGACUCUCGCAAGGAAAUAGGCCAGGGGUCCAUGUCAAUGGUAUCGUACUGAAUAAUAAUGCAACAUGAAACAUACAUAAUAGCAUAGUUGCUACCGGAGGGAAUUCAUCGUUUACAAUUUCUGAUGACCAGUCAGUGUUUUUCAGUAUAAUCAAGUUUUCUUUCGAUCAAACAAUGAGUACAGGAAUUUCAGGUCGCAGCGUUUCGUGUUGUUUCAUAAGCUGAACAAACCUCCUUGUUCAAACAAAACCCAAUUGUUGGACUUAGUACAAAAUGUAGAGACCAUGGCAUCUAUGAGACACUUAUAUCUUACACUCACAUUUUCUACGUCAUUGAUAUAUUUGUAUUAAUUCCUCUUGUGAUAUUGUGUAUUUUUUCAUUUUUUAAUACUUUGAUAUUAUAAUAGUCAAUUAUAAACAUUAAUUGCUGUUCACUUUAAAAAAAAGACAUCUGGAAAUAUACGUCGAUUAGGUUGCUAAACCUUCCUUCCUUACUGGUGAUAUUUUAUCUUUUUAUAAUUUUAGUUAUAAUAAAAUAAUUUUGUUACUCUAAUUGUCUCUGUUUUUAAC